UCUGUGGUUCACAAUGAGGGUGAAGAGAUGAGUUUGCAGCGAGCUGCCCUGUUCCUGCAGUUCCUGCCACUGGAUGUUUACUGAUUCCUACAGCCCAGACGAUGAUGUCCCUGUCUCCCAGAUAGCACUUCUGAGGACCGGGUCUUCGCAGCACUCGUCGUGCACCAUGGCAGGAGAGACUCAGCGAAUGCAUGCACUGAAAGAGGUGGAUGCUGAAUCCAAACUGCAGGAUGAGGGGACGUCGCUGGAAAGGCAGAGUGACAAAACAAAAAAGGAGUCUUCGGAGCACUUUUCAAGCACCAGCACUGAGACCAGAACCAACAGCAAAGGGACCAAAGCUGAAAAAGUAGAGAAGGAGCGGGACUGUCCACAGCAGCGUGAGGCUGUCAUACGGCCACAGCAGGCAGGCAAAAUUGACUUCAGAUCCCUGCAGAACAGAUCCAAAUUUGCCACUGAUAGGACUUGGUCGAGUGGAAAAGGAAGUCCCCAAUCCCCGAGUGGAAAAGGCCGCAGUCGAGAGAAGGGGAAGCGGUCAGGAAAGACGGAGCGUGGCAACCCGCAGCAGCUGUACAGACUAAGCAUUGCAAAUCCACGCACUGUCGGUAUUGCCUAUCCGCAGCAGAAGGUUUUGCCACCCAAGAAGUUGGAAACCAGUCGUGGCCCAGUUUCGGGCAGCUACAGAUUCCACGUUCCCAGUUUACCGGAGAGGGAGGCCGAACUACAACAAGAAGAGUUUAACUACAGCCGCUGCUUCCAGGAGGCUUCCUCAAACCUCACCUCCCCAAGCUUUACCUCACAGGCACUGGGUUCCUCAAGUGGAACAACCUCCCACCCACAUCCACCCCUGUCACAGCAGCAGCAGCCAGCAUCAAUGGAGAGCAACAGCGCACAGCCUGGCAGCCAGCUGAUUCUGGCUGACUAUCAACUGAGCGGCUCUAAUGCAUGGCAAUCUCCUGAAAGGACUUUUAAUGGUGCUAACUAUGGUGUUUCAUCACAGAAAUCAACCGCUCUCUCAGAAGCCAAUAAAGCCGGUGCUUUCGUUCCUGGUCCGUAUCAGUAUGGAUAUUAUUUAAUGGAAGAAUCGGCCUCUGACUCUUUUUCGUGUGAACAGAAUCCACAAUCGCAAGACUUCACAAACCCUUCUCUAAGUUCUGUUCACGUGAGCCAUAACUCUUCAUUUAUUCACGGAGAAGGGCAAAGCAUCACUCAGAACGGCACUCAGUUCGGUAAUGAACAGCAGCCGGAGAACCAGAGCUCUUAUCCUCACCCUCCACAGUCACAGUUUAUUCAAGGCAUGGCGCCGCCCAUUCAGUGUCCGAGGAAUCUGAGUGACGACUCAGCCAGCAGUGACAGCUCCGGCUCCAGCUCACAGCAGUCAGAACAGGGGAAGACCGCCCUGGCUGAGAAUGCAGACGCCGUUGGACCGACAGACAGCAGAGACGCAGCCGUCACCUUGGGGAGUAAGAGGAGCUGUCACCCCAAAGACUCAGCUGCCAACCAAAGGACACUCAUUCAGGGAAGUGUGCAUGCAAGAAAUAUUUCACAAGGCCCAGGUUCUCCAAUGCACUUUUCCAACAAAACAUUCAACAACUCUCCAGUCAGCACCGUCCGCACACUCUCAAUGCCUUUUGAGAAAAAUACCAACACUAAGAUUUUACAUAGGUUACCCCACUCAUGGGAGGGGCCUAAUAAGACAUAUUCAACAGUGGAUCCAAACACAGUUCAGUAUACUGAUCUGAAUGAUAAAUUUCAGUUUCAGAACCAGACAGCGCUUGAGCAGGGGCCAAAUUUACCUAAAAAUAGCAGAAUGGCCUGGCAGCAGAUACGUCCAAACCCUGCCUUGACAAACCAAAGCAAAAUUGAGCCGUCAAGGCAAAUAAGCAAUCAAAAACUGGCUUUCUUAGUAGCCCCCUCUGACUGGCAGGAUGAUAACAAAUCACAUAAACAUAGCUCACUAAAAAACCCCAACUCGUUUCAGAACGGCAGGAAUCCAAACCAAAGACAGGAGACUGCGAAACACAAUGGUAAUACAGUGUCUACUUUCAAAGUGGAGACGAGCCACCCCCAAGUCUGUGAGUCCAAAAAUAAGGCAGUGUAUUUUGGACUCAACCAGUCUGUUUCAGCAACAUCCACGAGAAACUAUAACUAUCCACCAUUGCAGGUGCCAGCUAUGGGACUCAUGAUGGUGUCACCCUAUGAGUCCCCGUUGCCCUCCCCAGUUCACAACCCCGCAUCAAGCAGCUGCUCUUCCCUCUCCCCUGCAUCCACCAGCCCCGUUAACAUCAGUUCAGACGACAGUCAGAUAUCAAAGUCGGUUCAACCUCACCCGUUUUAUCACCAGCCACAAGGAAAAAGUCAGUUACCCACUGAUCAGCUGGCCACUCAUCCUCACCAGUUUCACUCCGAUGCACAAAGAACUCAUCCCUAUGCACCCGAGAGAGCCAAAGACGAUAUGAUGAGCUACCUGCAUAGCAGUACACAUCCAAAGACAGCUAUGGAUGGCAAUAAAGGCUACAUGGAUAGCUUUGGAGUGGAGCAUCACCAGCCUCCACCACCUUACUCAGCUCAUCAGCUGUUGGCCAGCUCAUUAGCAACAGCAAACCUUGACCAGUUAGACGUGCUUCUGACAUGCAAGCAGUGUGAUCAGAAUUUCAACAACCUGGCUUCGUUUUUAGGCCACAAGCAAUAUUGUGCACAGCACACUUUUGCGCAAAAUGAUCUCAAAGACAUGUCCAAGGCGGAGGACAGUGGAAAGUUCCAUGCAGAACCUGCAAAAGUAGUUUCAUCUGUGUCCAAUGUUUCAAUGCCAAGGUGUCCAUCGGACCUCCACCUGUCUCUGCUGGGCCUCAAUAAGAAUGGAGAACUGAUUGCUGAGAGUGAAACCAAAGGAGACACGAAGGACGAUCCAAUGAAACUCAACUUGUUCUCAGGCCCAGGAAACCUCCCUGUCCCUCUCCCUGAGCUGGAGAUGGAGGAUGCCAAACUAGACAGCUUAAUCACAGAAGCUUUGAAUGGACUGGGCUAUCAAUCAGACAAUGCAGAGAUAGACAGCAGCUUCAUUGACGCAUUUGCUGAUGAUGAACUCACCACUGUCAAAACGUCAUCAAACAAACAAAGUGUGAAAACGAAAGAAUCCCUGGUCUUUGAAAGCAAAAAUAAACAAGCAGUUGAUGACAGGUCUUUCACGCAGGGAAAGUAUUUUUAUGACUCUGAUGUUGAGAGCCCUGAGAAAAUGUCUGUGACUGCAGAACAAGAUGAGAAAAUUAACAUAAAAAAAGAAGUCUCACAUAAAAAUUCAACAAUUGCCUCAAGGGAGAAGAUGUGGGAACAAGACAGCAAAGGGAAAGAGGCAAGAAUACAGUGCAAGAGUGAGGAACAAAACACAAGCACACAAAGGUUUCUUCUAUCCAGCAAGUUCUCUGAGCGAUGCGGUGUGAAAAGCUUUCAAGACAACUCUGUACUUCGAGGGUCAGCACUCUCACAGGCCUCCACAUCUCCAACCUCAAGAACUGCCGUGAAAGAAAGCAAGAGGAAAAGCACUGGAGGGGGCACCUGGAGCAAAGAACUCAUUCACAAAAUAGUUCAACAGAAAAAUAAACUCCAUAAGCUCCAUGUUAAAGGGACCAAAAACCUCCAGUUUUCCUUGGUGAUGGAAAGACUGACUCCAACUGUGCAGAACCCUGCGUUCGGGGAAUACGACUACGUCUCAGACUCAGAGGAUGAAUGUGAGCCGGUAAAAAUAGCAAGUCAAGGCCGGCUUAAUCAAAGUAGCCGAUGUAAAUACACGUACACCAAAGAGUGCAAGUGGCGGGCAAGAAGUGAGAGAGACCAGGCAGCGUGGAGGCAUGAGUCGAAGGAGUGUUUUGAGGUGAAAAAAAGUGAAGAAGUCUCUCUUUCUCCAGAGAAACAUGGCUCUUACCAGAGACUCAGGCGGAGAGGCAGCAGGUCGUCCACAAGCAGUGAACUCAGCACAUCUGUCAGUGUUUCAAGUGAUAGUAACAACAGCCCCAAAAGCACUGACCGCACUGAUUCAGACAGUGAGAAAUACACAGACAAAAAGAAAGAGUCUCCCGAGCAGAAAACCCUCGAAAAGUCCUCCCCACAUAAGUUAUUUAAAGAGUCCAGCACACUAGCAUUGAUGUUCACGAAGUCUGUCAAGAAGUGCAGCACUGACAAAACCAUUAAUUCUGAUAACAAAGACAGCACAGAGGAUCCAAAGAGGUACUAUUCAAAUCCAGAAGUUGCUGAUCCACUAUCAUCUUCGCAAAAAGGAAAAGACACGAACAAACACUCUGACAAAACCCGAAGCUCUCACACGAAAUCAAGAGAGAAAGUUCCGUCUCACAGAAAAGAGACCGGCACAACAGUUACUGCAGACAGAAGCGCUCUGCAGAGGACAGACAAUCUGUGCCCUAAAGAAGAGCUAACACAGUGCAACGCCGCAGAUAACAAGAGACUACAGUUUAAUUCACACUCUCCCACCAUUGCCAAAGCACCUGAUUUCAAUAUUGACAGAAACACAAAGGGCAAAAGAAGAGAGCCGCCCCAAGCUACACAGCCGGAGCUAUCGGACAGCAGCACAUUUGAAAAACAGAGUGAAAGUGUCUGCAUGGUGAAAGAGGCUAUUACUUUAGUCAAUGACCUAGACACGCACAAGCCUGCAUCUCUUUGCACCUCUUUGAUGGAUGAGGUGUGCCUAUCUCCGACUGAAAGCCACAGGCCGUUAAUACAGAAAGACACGCUCAACCUCAUGCCCUACCCUCUGGAUCAGGAGCAGGGGCUCAUGAAAUCCCCGCUCUCAUUUGACACCUCAUCAAUGUUUGGGGACCUCACAGGAUUUGAUAGUGGCCUUUACUCGGAGAUGCCAAUACAGAAAGAAGGUUUCCAUUCAAUAGAGAACACAUCCGAUAAAAAGGAAGAGUUUGUGUCUUCUUUCUCUCCCUUCUUGGAACAAAGAGACUGGAAUCUCAUAGUUAGCCCAGUGCUACCAGAUGAGAUAUCUCAGUACAAAGGCCAUUCUGAGAAAUCAAAUGAAAAGAAACCAGAUUACAAUCACGUUCCUUUGUCUCUGCCAGAAAAAAUAAUUGACUACAGUGCAAAUCUCAACAGCUGCGCAUCAGAGGAUGAGCUAGAGAUAAAGAGAAUAGUGAAUGAGCUUGAAAACCAGCUGCAGACGACAAAGUUGGAAAGCCCACCGUUGCUCCCUCAGGAUGUCCCCAAGCAGCUGCAGAUGAGCAAAUUUUCACCUUUACGUCUGGACGAUGAAUCGGAGAGCGACAGCAGUGGUUUGAGUAUCAAGUGCCCGGCACAAACAAUAGAUGUACCAGUCUCAAAUAUCCCUGCAGAGCCUUUCACCGAACCGGGGCUCCCAUGGUCCACCACAUUUCAGUUUGCACUGAUGGGCGAACAUCACAGUCCCCACUCUCCAAUUCAUAGCGAACCAAAAGCACUUGAAACUUUUUCUGAAAAAGAUGACCAUGCACCGGAAUUGGUCUCACCAGCUUCGCAUACUGAACACCCUGAACUCCAGCAUGAGAAAACAUCAAGGGAGAGAAGCACUGAGGACGAGUCUCCUGUGAAAACAAAGGAAGAGAUUUUAGAACAGAAGAGAUACACCGAAAAUCUCAUGAAAAGCCUGGAGGUGAUUUCAGACUCUAUAUUCAAAAAAGAACCCAUUAUAUCAGUACACAAGAAGCCGAAUGUUAACUUUCUCUCCAGUCAACAACAUCAAGAAAUUGAAUGUCAGGUAACUGAGAGAAAAGAUCAGAGUGAAAAGGAAGCAAUUACAGGAAAGGAGAAUAUAUUAUCACCUCCAAAUAUCAGCGAGCGGAAGGAUGAAAUUGAAUUCAUUCUGAAUGAGUCACAGUCAUCUCUCUCCAACAAGACUGACCCCAUAGUCAAUGGCAACCGGCCAAUUUCAUCGCAGCCAAGUGAACCCACAGAAAACAAGGAUUACAAGGCAGAGACUGAAGCCACAUCAGAGGAGAAUAUCACUGAGAAUAGUAAUUUCACUCCCAGCUCAAACGUGGUGACACAUGACCCACACGUGGUUGAGGAAUCCUGCGGGAACACUAAUAUGGAGGACAACGAGAAUGUGCUGCAUAAAAACAACGGUGGCGACGAAGAAUAUUCAACCACAGGUGGCAGUGAGGAAGCAGAGCCAAUGACCACAAACCGUUUAUCACCAACAGUUGAGACCAACUUUGUCAAGGAGAAUGAAGGAGAGAUCAAAUCAGCACUACAAAUUGCAGAGAGCCAUGAUAAUCCUGAGGAAAUCUGUGCAUUACAUGCUGAUGGGCUGAAAGUUGAAAGCUCAUAUGGUGUAAGCGACGGAACAGCUGAAGAAACAUCAAAAAGUGAUCCGUUAAUUGGCCUUUCUCCUGCAAAUAUCUCUCCAAAGAGUUACAGCGAAGCUGAAAUGUCAGUGGAGAUCGUCACCACUGACAAACCAUGCAGUCCCUUACUGGUGGAAGCUGAUUCAGAGAGUACCGGCCACUGUUCCCCGUUCCAUGACGCUGAGCCCAUAGAGGGACAAAGUAAUCUGUUUAUGCUCUCGCAGUCUGAUAGCAUCAUUAACGGCGAUCCCUGCAAAAUUACACAAUUCAACAACUCAUUAAAAACUGAAGCAGAUCUGACAUUCAAGCCUAUUCAGAAAGAAGAAGAGAUUUUAAAUGUUCAAGACAUCAAAGAACAUCUUCCAGUUAAUUUCAUGGCAAGUCAACAAAACUCACCAUGUAGAGAAGAGCUGGAAGAAAGCCAAUGUGCGUUCUUAGAGAUUUCUCCGUCCAGUCCUCUUUUAUCAACCUCUUCUCAGAAUACAACUCAGAGCCUCAACAUUGAAGACAAUUCAUCGACAUCACAAAAUAAAUGCCUUAAUAACUCCACUGAUGAAGACUUCAUUCAAAAUUCAAAAUCCCCUCUGAACAAAAAUGGAAGUCAAAAUGUCGAAGAGGCUUCAAACAGCUCGGAAUCAAACACAACAAAUCAGAUGGAGUAUUCUCUGAUAAGCCCACCUCACCUGGACUUGGGAAUCACGGGGUGUAAAAUCCCCACCUCUGAAACUCUCAUCUCUUCUCCACUUCCCCUGAGCAGCACAGCAGAACCAGCUGAAGUGUCUCUUGAAAAAAGAGAUCUAAUGUAUGAUUUCAAGCUCAGCCCUCUCGACUACACCAGCCUCUCAGAUGAGCCUCCACAGCUGAACCAGUACGACUAUAUCCCGAUAUCACCAGCCAACAAACCAGAAGAGCAUCUAGACAAGAAGCAGAGACCCGAAGAAGACUGUGAAUCGUGUGACCUGAGCCUUAAUCCUGCACUGAUUUUCAACAAAACUAAAACAGAUACGGCAGUAUCCCUGAACUCCGACCAUGCAGCUAAACUACAUUCAUCAGAUGAGCCACUGGCGCUCCAGCAGAGUAUGAAAUUCACAUGUUUUUCUUUGGGUCUCCCAUAUGAAAUCAAAACUUCAGACUCUUCAGCUGGUGGAGUUAAAGCUAACUUGGAGGUUUUCCAUGAUCCUGUUGAUCCUGUUGAGCAUUUGCAUAUGCAUACUGACUUUGAGGACAAAGCUAAAUCGGAGGAUUUAGAUUCUUGUGAUACUCCUGUUGAAAAAAGUACCCUUCUUAAAAAAGACUUCUCAGAUGGUCCGCCCACUCCUAAGCCACUCAUCAUCUGUGAAAAUGAUCAGAUGCCUCUUCCACCAGACCCAUCCGAGAGUCAACCCACAACAGAGACUGGCCAGCAUUCAACAACGCAGCCGACUCAAAAGGAGACAGCACAAAAGAAAACUCAGAGCAGCGCUCAACAGGGUAAAGUGCUCUGUGAAAUCUGCUUCAUGUGUUUCAGGACUGUGCCAGGCUUAAAGAGACAUAAGGCCAUGAAGCAUUUGGUCAGGACUGAAAAAUACAUUGGCCCACAGAGCACAAAACCAAGCCAUCAGGGAGCUGCGCUUAUUUAUGAAGCAUCACAAACUACAGAGAAAAAACAUAAAGAUGAUUCACAGACCUGCUCCCCAGCAAAAAUAGAUGGGCUUCCUGAGAUAAGUAGCACUCUCAUAUCUAAAGCUGCGGAGACUGAGUCAGUCCUGGAGGAAAUGGCAACUGAGACAAGUACAGUGGCAGCAGAUAAAAUAAGCCAUCAAAACCCACUGCUGCCAGCAAAACCAAGGAAGAACAACAAAGCCAAAAAGAACAAGAACAGCGAGGUAAACACAAAGCCUGACCCUUUCUCUGAUGAGCUUCUGAAUAUAUUAAAAACAGACAUACUUCAAGCUAUAACUCCUGAGUUCAAAAGCAGCGCACUAAAAGAGCAGAGCAAAUCUCCGGAGGACCAAGUAAAAAUCAGUGACAGAACUGUUCCUGCAAAAGAGUCGCUCUCUCACCACGUUACUUCAGACUCUGGAAGUGAAAACGCAUCACAAUCUCCACCAAAAGAGGCAAAGGCGCCCGAUGAGUCUGUGGAUGUAAAUCAAAUAACUGAUACAGAUGAUAUGAAAUGUACAAGCACUACAAAGACGGCCAGCCUGGAAGUGUGUUCAGAUAAUAAUGUGGAAAGUGCUGCAUCUAUAGACAAAGAGAUUGUUGGAGAAAGUGAUGAGUCCGGAAAGACAUUGAGCACUGUGGAGGAGGCGCGUGAACAGGAAGGAUCAGAAGCGAAUCUUGCCCAGGAGAUUCUCGGCAAAGUGGCGGUGGAGAUGAGAAGUGAGAAUAACAGUGGUUCCUCCGACAAAGCACACCCUCUCUCUUGUUUGAAUUCCCCCCCGCUCAGUCCUCCCAGCAUUAGUGCUGAUCUGAAGGCCUUACUCGAAGAUGACACCAUAUUCUCACAACUGUUCCCCAGAGAUGAGGAGGCAAAAAGGAAAAAGUGCCCCAGGGUAUACAGCAAAAAGAACAAAAGACAGAAGCUCUCACCCGACACAAACAUAAAUCCGGACUGCCCUCCCAAUCAAGCUUUGAUCCAAAAUAAGGCUCAGUACACGGACAGCCAAUCCGAGCAGAAGUUCACCGACAGUCAAACCAACCACAGUGGUUAUGAGACAAUAUCUAUUGAUGAUGCAAUCAUGUUGAAUAUGUGCCACAACAGCACGCUGAAGGUGGACGGCGAUCAGAGUAAAGAGGAGGAGAAAAUGAAAGAGUCUGGCAACAUCUUGAAACCUCUCAAAAGUACCAUUGACACAUCACCCAUCGAAUGGAGUGGCCCCGGUGAAUUCAGCAGCCUGGACGCUGGUUGCGAAGUCACUUCUGACCUCAGCACUUGUAAACCAGAACUGCCAAGCAAACCCUGUGCUCUGCCUCUGCCCGCUGCUCCCUACAGUGCAGAGCCAUGCGCCCCAGAGGGUGGGCAACCUUUCCACAACAUUGAUAUUCAAAAUAUCAACACCACAUUUCAGCUGCCUGAGAUUCAGUUCUUUGACUCUAAUAAAGACAUCUCAGUCGUUCCUCCUACUGCAGCCGCUGACAUAGAAAACACGGAGGAUGAAAAGUCAAAGAAAGUAACAGAGCGACGAGGCAGGAAGCGACAAGAUGGUGGAAUGAAGGUCAAGGACAAGCAGUACAAGUGCAAAGUGUGUUUCACUUGGUUCCUCACCCUCGGCGAACUGAACUUUCACAAACUCUCGCACAACCCCUCUCCACCUCCGACCUGCUACAUGUGUGUGCAGCGCAAAUUCAGCUCCAGGGAGCAGCUGAGAGAUCAUCUGAGAGAAAAGCACGCCAAGAACAAGACAGGUAUCUGGACUUGUGGAAUGUGCUUGAAGGAGAUAUCAGACGUGUGGAUGUAUAAUGAACACCUGCGUGAGCACGCCACUCAGUUUGCAAGGAGGGGUCAGACGCAGGGCUCCAUGUUGGGAAUUUCGGGCUGCUUCAUGCAGGAGACAGCCGUGAAGAACUUCAUCUCCUCAAUCAUGCAGCACCGCACCAGCAGAGCCAACAGAGAGUCCAGCAAAGCUGCUAAAGUUUACCAGAAAAGUACGAACGGUACGGCGGCAGAGAGGAACACCCUGGAGGGUGCAGAGCCAAAACUGAACAAAUCAAAAAGCAGUGGCUCAGGAGGGAAGCAGGGCGCAUUAACACCACUGGAGGUCCUCCACAAAGCAGACGCUCCUAAAAGUGUGGAGAUGCAUCCUAACUGCAAAGACCCUUCAAGAGACUGCCACCACUGCGGGAAGCAGUUCCCCAAACCGUUCAAGCUCCAGAGACAUUUAGUUGUUCACAAUUUGGAGCGUAUUUUCCUGUGCCACAAAUGUCCCGUCUCUUAUCAGGAAGCCCAUGAGCUCAAGGAUCACCUAAAGAGAGUUCACCAGGAGGUGCAAGAGCUGGAUUCAAAACACACCACCCUCUACACCUGCGAGCUUUGUGCCGAUGUCAUGCACGUGAUAAAGAAAUCCUUCAUCUGCAGCGCCUGUAACUACACCUUCUCCAAGAAAGAACAGUUUGAUCGCCACAUGGAAAAGCACCUCUCCGGGGGAAACAAAGUCUUCAAGUUCCGAGGCGUUCUCAGACCUGCCAAAAUAUCUGCAUCCAAGGAAGAUGAAUGUGAUUCACCUUCAGUCAAGAAGAGGAGAAUUCUCUCUGACACCCUGCAAGAAAACAGUUCAGACAGUGGCAUUGCCAGUGUUGGCUCGCUCCACCUGAAUCCAAACUCAGACGCGCAGUCAAAACCCCCGGUGUCCACAGCGGACGACUCCACACAGACCGUCGCAAACGAGUACCACGCUGACACCAACUGUACAAGUGUCAAGACUGAGGACAUCGCCGAGGACUACUCCGAACUGCUGGUGGAGCUGGAGAAAUGUAUUCACAUGAGUUCGUCAGAGUCAGCCACAGCAAAGAAAGAAGAAAUUGACCCAAGUCUUUCACCUAAUCAUGAUAAAGAGGGUAAUGGAAAAUCAAUUACCGAACCAUGUGACGUGAAAGAAGAGAAUGAGUCAAUCUGCAUUAGAGGAGAGACAACGUCAUGGCCAGCAUCUAAAGAGAGUAGUAGUGCGGGGGAGGAGAUUGUUAAAGCUAAGAAAGGCUCUGCUCAAGGUGACACAUCAGAGACUGAAGGAAAAACAGAUUUGCUUCCACCCAGCGAGAACUCUUUUGUCGGCUUAAGAGAAAACCAGGUCAUUUUAGAUACACCUGAGGCUGAAAAGCAAGAAUUAGCUGUUGAUGUGAUGGACCAACAGAGAGAUGAUGAGCGGUGGCAUCACACAUCCACGGCAUCAAGUACUGACAGCAAACAGCAGCUAUUAUCUCAUGGUGCUGAGCAGGAAGGUAGCAGUCAGAUGAAAGACAAAGUUGCCCCAGCCAGAACGAGCGACAACACUAAAAACAGCUCUACAGCUGGCGGCACAAAGGCUACAGAAUCAACCCCAGUCAUGCACUCCAAGCUUCUCCUCAACACUUCAGCUCCUAAUGAGGACAAAGAAUGUGUGAGGCCACAGAAAAAGAGGAAGGACAUGAAAUCCCCUCACAGCCUGCAAAGGGUUUCCUCUCCAGUCACACAGGAAAACUUUGGUGUUGACUCUCGAGCCAAAAAGAAAUUUCGCCCUUACAAGUGUGCAAAUUCCUCCCUGCAGAGAAAGUCAGACGGACCUAAUGAGUAUCCUGUGCUGUCUUCGGUACGGGACGAUGUUGUUAGCAACAAAAUAGUUUCCAAGUGCAAGACCUCGAACUUGAGUCUGCAGUCGAAAAGGAGUUUGCUUGAUAACUGCACACAUAAGAAGGCUGAGAUUGUUGCCCCGCAGAAUGGGGAAUAUAAAACCAAAAAGGGACCUCUGGGAAGAUCUUUUCAUCCUCCUAUAUCUAAAGUGUCUUCAGUUCCCAUGAACAACUCUUUGAAUAAAUCCAGGCCAAAGAUGGGGGUGAGGUCGAUGGAGAGUCAUUCGUACCGGACGGCAGAGUCCCAGAACAACCUCCUAAGCCAGCUGUUUGGCCAAAAACUCACUAGCUUUAAGAUUCCUUUAAGAAAGGACACAUCAGAAUCUAUUAACUGAAGGGGGGUGGGGGGGUUUUGAGGGGUCUGUGAAUAAAGAGACUGUAGAUUUCCACAGUUAUAAAUGUUUAAAGACAAUUCAUUAUGGUGAAUGAGAUUGCACAGCUCUUCUUUCUGUGAAAUGUUAUCUUUAAAUACUUACAUAGUCACUUUAUGUCUUCUUUGUACAUGUGUUUUUAUUACACAAAUGUGAGAAUGAACGGCGGAUAUGAAUUCUGGGUCAAAAAAUGAAUAUGCUAGUGGGAUGAAUCAUUGAAUUUUCUUGAGAUUAUAUUUCAUUUACCUAAAGGAGAUUAAAAAAAAAAGAAUACUUGAAAAUACAGUAAGAUAUUUUCUUCUAAGAAAUGCAUGUUUGUUUUGCAUUGAUAUGAUUUUUUUUUUUUCCCUCUCAUUGUAAGUCUUCCUGCAAAAAGGACCAAAUGACGUCAAAACUGACUUGGACUGUUGUCUGUGCACCUUUCAUACAUGCUUCCAACAUACUCGUUUUGUAUCUUUUUUUUAACUUUACUGUACUGCAUUGACAUUCAUCAUAUUAGCUUUUUAUAUAGACAUUACCUGGUGCUACAUUGUGUUUAACUGUAAUGUGAAUGCUAAUGUCCUCAGAAGGGAACAUGAGAUCUGUAGCAAUUACACUACAUACAUCCAACUGUUGAUUUUUUUUUUUUUUUUUUUUUUUUACUGAUUCUUUGUAGUUUAUUCAAGAUACUGUGUAAACCAUCCAAGCAAUUCAUAUGUAGGCUGACAGAACACAAAAUUAGGAAAGCUUCCAUUGUAUAAACUCAGGUGCAUACAAGGACAUCACAGUCCCAAGACCUGUAUUUGGAGUUCUUCCCAUGCACUGAUACUACCACACACAAAGUACAAACUCAAUCAUCUGUGUCUGUAACUCCAAAUGUUUUAAUUAUGAAUAGUAUUUACAAAGACAACAAAGGUGCUUUAUCUUGUUUAUACUGUAUGUAUCUUAUAUUGUAUAAUAUUGUAGGUAGAUUAUUGUUUGAUGUAAUGCUUCGUGUCAAAGUUUUAUUUUAAUAAUGUGCAGAAUGAAACGGAUUGAGGAGAAAAAGGGAAAUGUGGUGCCUCUUGCAAGAUGUAAAGUGGUUCACUAAGUGCCUCUUUUAUCAUUGGUUAAUAAAGAUCUGUAUUGGUCUCUC